GCCCUAAAACCGUAAAACGUGCGAUAAGGCGAAAUUUUAUGGAAUAAAUUUCAUGAAGAACCGCUUUAUAUUAAUGAUUGCACGAAUCUUUCCGCUCAAAUUGGAAUUUGCCGGAAUCUUUUUCACCGCAUUAUUUUCCGUUUAUUCUUUCCUGCUGUUGUCGCCUGAAACAGAUCAUCGUUGCCGCCUGCAAUGUGUUUGAGAUCGGUUACUCGUUGGUAAGCCCUCGCGGAUCUCAUCUCCUCGAUGAUUUUUCUAUGGAUGUUCAUAGAAUUACUUGGAAGUGUCUCUAAGCAAGCUUUUGUGGCUAUUGAUAUUGUUUCUUUCGGUCCUCUGAUCUGAAUCAAGAAGAAGGAUUCUAUUGGCUAGAAGUAAAAUCGUAGACGUUAUCUGCUUCUGAAUUAAAGUGGUCGGCAAGUUUUUUUGUUUAGAAAAUGGUUUUGUUAAGUCAUUUAGAAUUUGAUUUUUGCUGAACUGUGCAUGUCGUUAUGUUAAAGAGGAAAGCCUUGGGAUUUAUCUCCAAUUCUCGAUGUUUGAUGGCCUUAAGUAAGCUUCAGUUCUCCUGCGGCGCCUUUUAUCGGUGCGGAUUGAGGGAGCUUGAUGAUUCUAGCAGAAUCAAGGGGACAGGUUCGGCUGAAUGGAGUCGGGGGUCCGCUCUCAAUUCCUUUAAUGGUUUGAGAUUGAAAGGUUCCUUGGGUCAAAGUGAUGUUCCCUUUAGAAGUCAAGAUGAUGAGAGGUCUAGGGCUCAUGCCAUGGCUCCAUUGCGGCGGAGAUUUCGUGAUUCAAGAGUUUUAGGGAAUGAGGUUGGGACACAAUAUGUGAAUGGAUUUGGGAAGCCUCUUAGAUAUCCUCAACAAUGGAAGCGUGAGAAAAUAGCAGUCGCUGUUGAUGUUGAUGAAGUUCUUGGCAGCUUUAUCCCGGCGCUUAAUAAAUUUGUUGCAGAUCGGUACUCAUCAUAUCACACUGUUUCAGACUAUUAUAUCUACGAGUUCUUUAGGAUAUGGAAUUGCACUCGUGCUGAAGCUGAAAUACGGGUCCACGAUUUUUUUCAAACCCAGUAUUUUACGUCUGGUAUUCAUCCCAUUCCUGGUGCUCAUACUGCUCUUUGUAAUCUGUCAGCUUUCUGCAACUUAUCAGUUGUGACAUCUCGGCAAAAUGUUAUUAAAGAUCAGACAUGCGAUUGGAUUGAGCGGCAUUUUCCUGGCCUGUUUAAGGAGAUCCACUUUGGAAAUCAUUUUGCGUUGGAUGGGAAAUCAAGGCCAAAAUCUGAGAUUUGCAGAUCCAUUGGUGCUAAGGUACUGAUAGAUGAUAACCCAAGAUAUGCUGUGGAAUGUGCUGAGGCUGGCAUUAGAGUCCUCCUCUUUGAUUACCACAACUCCUAUCCAUGGUGCAAGGAUGACUCUGUAGAUUCUUACAGCCUAGUCACUAAGGUUCAUAAUUGGGAAGAGGUGGAGCAGCACCUGAUAUCUUGGGCAAUUGUGUAAGAAUAUGUUAAAAAUCCAUUUAACAUAUUGAUUCUUUUUAGCUGGAAACCAAAUUUUCCAUGGAAACCUCAAAUUUUAUGUUUAUUAGUUUUUCAACCCCCAUAUUUUGUGCACAGUGAGAACUGCAAAAGAUUAGGAUUUAUGUACUCUUGGGCAUGGUAGUAAUGGUGGGGAUUCUGGUCUUUUUUUAUUAUCGAUUUGUAAAUAAACAUUAAGAAUUUUGCAUAUGGAUUGACUAUUUAGCUGGUAAAUGAUUUCUUGAUAAUGGAGAUUUGAUGUA